UCGUAACUCGUAGCGAGUCGUAUCUGCAUCGGUCAUCGUGCGUUUUUUUUUUUAACUUUACGUUACGAGUUUCGAGAGUUUACGUGCGCGUGUGCGUGAAAAAUUUCGCGAUCGGAUUAUCUCAUUCGUUCGGCUCGUUUCGUCGCGCGCUCAUUGUGCUUUCUAAAAGUGCGAAACAAGUUCGCGGUUUGCGGCCACGGAAAGAAGAGGUUAGUGUUUGCCGACAUAAUGGCGCCAAAUUCGAUAAUUUAAGUUGUCGGCGAUAUCAACAAAAAUUAAAUCUUCGAAGACACGAAGAUAGAAAAAAAAAACAACAGCAGUUUUCUCGUGGUGGAACUCUUAAUUGAACUCGUGCCAAGUAUCGUCGAAAAAAGAUGGACGUUCCAAAAAGCGCGCUUUUACUACACUCGUCGAUCGAUAAAGAUCCACGAGGCACACCGCGAGGGAACUCUGGCAUCUCGAUCUCAAAAAAUUGGAUACUGAUGCAUGGCACUGCUCUGAGCCAGAUUAUCGACAAGUCUCAGGCCAUAUCGAGCUUUAUCACAAGUAUCGUACCGGGAGAACUAACCAUCGCACCUAUGGAACUCACGAACGAAUUGAAAUUUCGUGUCUAUCGCGAUCCAGAGAUCGACGAUGGUUCUCGAUCGGACGAUUAUUCGCGCGUUCAGGAGCAUCUCGGCAGCGUCGUGGCCGCUUGGAAGUGUCCGCUGCUGAUGAGGACCUUCGACGGAUUUUUCGAAACGUGGAACUUCCCUAAAUCGACGAUCAAGUUCGAUCGAUUGCUACGACCGAUCUACCUACUUGUCUUCAUCGCCGAUUCAGAAAAUGGGAAAUCAACCGUGGAAAUUCCAACGAUCAAACAAGCUCUCUCUUGUCUGCUGGACCAGUCUCUGCGGACUCCCAUUCGCGGAUCGCUCUCAGAAAUAGAGUCCACCCCCUUCGGCAAUCCCGUGUUCAUCGGCUCGAUCGCGCGUGGGGUCAUCAGCAACGUCGUCGGCGAUGAGGGCUGCGUCAUUAUGACAGACGCGUAUGCGUUUCCCGGUAGCGAGGGUGGUCCCGUCUACGUCAUUCCGCCAGACUGCAAACAUCGAAUUAUCAGCGGGAUGGUGAUCGCGCCAUUGAGUUGGUGUCGUGAAGAAUGGGUGGAUUACACCUUCGCCGCCAAUCUUGCUCCGUGUUUGCUCAAUAUUUUGCAGAAGAAGGAUCCUUGUUGUCCUCCGAUCAUAAGUCGCCAGGAACAUGAAGCAUUAGAUAGAGGCGUCGUGCUUGUUAGAUGUGGGAUUAAUUGGGGUACGGGCAUUCUCGUGGACAAGGAUACUGGUACAUUCCUGACGUGCUCUCACGUCGUCGCCGAGGCGCCAGAACGGGAGAUAUCAAUCGUAAUGACAGAUCAGACCAAUUCACGCACGUGGGCGAAAUUGCUGUACAGGACUCCGGAGAAUCAGCCUUACGACGUAGCUGUAUUGAGGGUGAAUCCACAGGAUAUAGAUCCCUCGUUGAGGCCGUUACGUUUGUCUCGUGUUCCGGUUGUAAAAGGCGAGCCGGUGGUGUCCGUGGGAUUUCCGUUCUUUUCGUCCGUCCGGCCGACCAUUAGCAGCGGCGUGAUCUCCAAAUCGAUGGACUGCGCGCUCCUGACGACUUGUUGCGCUCAGAGCGGCACCAGUGGCGGUCCGAUAGUCAGUCGCGCGACCGGCGAGAUGCUGGGAAUGAUCGUCUGCAACGCGCUCUCCUCGGACGGUGCCGUGCUGUACCCGCGGAUGAGCUUGGCGGUGCCGGCUGCGGUGAUGGACCGGCCCCUGCGGGAAUACUUGCGCACUGACAAUCCCGACGUGCUUCGAGCUUUCACGUGCGACAACGCCAUAGUGCGCAACGUUUGGAAUUUUUAUCCUUUGCUACCGUCCAAGCUCUGAAAAAAAAAACGAUGCGCUAAGUAAACUUAUAAUCUGGGUACAUACAAUAUACAGGGUGGCCCCGAACGUUCCAG